CUAAAAGCUUGCAAACAACACUGCUGUGUUACAUUUCAUACAUAUCCACGGUUGUGUUUAAAAUUCACAUCAAUGCUGCUGAAAAUUCCAGUUUAACCCCUUAAGUCUCACCAGCUCAGGGUUCCCCUGCCCAGAGCAGCCCCCUCCUGGCCUCCCUAUCUGUUCCAGGACGUCCCCUACAGCCACAGCUGGACCUAAAGCACUUCUUGCCUUUCCGUCUCAAUGGCUCCUCCCCGCUCAGCCUCUUCCCCAACUUCAACACGAUGGAUCCAGUACAGAAGGCGGUGAUCAACCACACCUUCGGCGUUCCCCAGCCCCUCAAGAAGAAGCAGAUCAUCUCCUGCAAUAUCUGCCACCUUCGCUUCAACUCCACAAACCAGGCUGAGGCUCACUACAAGGGCCACAAACAUGCCCGCAAGCUGAAAGCCAUGGAGGCGCAGAAGAACAAGCAGCGGUGUCAGGGCGUGGCAGGCAUGGUGGGGAGGGACAGGGAGCGGGAGAGGGAGAGAGAGAGAGAGAAGGCGGCGGUGGUGACGGAGGCCCUUCCCGCUCUGGUGGACAGCAGCGCGACGGAGGAAACAACCCUGCACUCUGAGCCGGAGGUGAAGGCAAAGGUGGAGGAGUGCCCAGGGAGCUCGGUCACAUUGACCCCUGUGUCUGAGACUUCCGCCUUGGAGCUGUCGUCCCCUCAGGUGUCCCCGGCUUCGCAGGUCUCUGAGAGCGCGUCAGACACCAGUGCUACCGACAACCCUGGCCCUGCCUUCGAGCCUGGCAACCAGGAGCCCGCCAAGAGUGAGGGGGAGCCCCGUACAGAGAGCGACAAGGACCCAAAAAAGAACAAGCAGCACCUCCACUGUCCCGUGUGCAAAGUCACAGUCAACUCCACGUCCCAGCUGGAAGCCCACAAUAGCGGGUCCAAACAUAAGCUGAUGCUGGAGGGUCAGAGCGUGCAGCCACGGCGAAGGAGCAAGGUGGUGUCAUCUCGCGCCGCCAGCAAGACCAAGCGCCUAGGGAGCAAGGGAAGCAUGCCUGUCGCCAGCAAGGCCUUCCACUGCGAGGUGUGCGAGAUCUACGUCAACUCCGAGACGCAGCUCAAGCAGCACAUGAACAGUCGGAGACACAAGGACCGGCUGGCUGGCAAGCCCCCCAAACCAAAAUUCAGCCCAUACAACAAGAGCCAACAGAACUCUAUCUUAGCUAGUGUGAGAUGGAGCGGGUACGCUGGCGGGGCUGUCUCUGCCAUGAAGAAAGUGUUCAACCACAGCAACCUCACCACUCUUUCUCCUCAGACCAAACUGGCCCUUCAGAAGCAGCUGACCAAGAGCCUGACGGCGAGCUUCCUCCCAGGCCCGCUGAACCAUGCCACCCUUUGCACCAUGGCAGCCAACCCCCUGGCCCUCCGCCACCCUGCGGGUACCGCCACGCUCAUCCAGGCACCAUUACUGAGCCCCGCUCUCUUCAGGGCCGCCCCGGGGCCCCUGAGGGCCACGCACACCCCCAUUAUCUUCUCCCCUUACUAGGCUCCACGACUGACGUCCCCACACAGAGCCAAGCGGAACUAUGCAGUCAGGGAGCAAAACAGGCCUAAUCGAUCCAUGGGCUUCAGCCGUUAAGAACAAGAUUCGGAGAAGAGACAGCAGAACGUGAAAGUCUCGCAACUGUUCUUUCUGCUGUUUCUUUCCUGAAGACAGCCGGACACGGACCCCUCCCCACUUUCAUAAAAAACGGACGUAACAGACGUUGCGGAAAGGCAUUAGGUCAAGUUUAUUUGUUUGUGUUAUUUAUUAGACGACAAUAGUGAGGUAAGCCUAUAUCUGUGUGUGACGUGACUGCCACCAACAAGAUCCCUUUACUUGAUGCUUCUUAGAUAUUUUUUUUACUGGGUAGAGCAGGCGCUUUCUGUCUCCUGGUCACCCAGUGCUGUCUAAACCCACUCGGUAGCACAGCCUGUGGACUGGAGGUGGGUCCAGUGACACUGAUGGCUGUGCCCCUCCCCACCCCUGCAACCUAAAGGGGGUGGGAACAGGGACUGAAUCUGCAGGGGCUUCAUGAGGCUUCCACUCUUAAGGACCUGCUCUGAACCCGUCAGGCAGCCCACACAGGCAAAUGCUGGUGGCGAACCUGCCCGUGCAAUGCACUGUGGGGUUUUACCCUUGAUAGGGUGAGUUGAUUUCUCAUCAGCACAUUUCUGUGAGAACAAACCUGGAGGAAUCCAGUCUUAGACAAUCUGCCUCUUUGACUUUGGCGUGAGAGCAAGGUGCACAUUUCAGGGGCUUGGGGGAGGUGGAUGGGGUGACGUCCAUCCCGUAGCCAUAGCCUGAUGUGGACUCGGCACGUCUGACAGUGGGAGCCUCAGGCUUAUUAGGAACAUGGGUUAUUCCACAGCAAAUAACCUCCCCAAAAACACACUAUCGAGCCUUGGGUAACUGAGUCAGUAAACCCUGUUCUUUUUCAUAUCUUGUUAGAGAGGAGUGAGUCAUACUACCAAAAGGCAUGUACAUAAUCAACUCUGAAUAGUAUUUUGAAUGGAAUAAUCAUAAAUUGCUCAUGAGAGUCUUAAAAGAGGUCAUAUUACCAAGCUGCUAUAACCCCUAGUUUAGACAUUUUUUAUACUCCAUGCAUUUUGUUUUUGUUGUGCCAUAUCAAGCAAUAUUAAAGAUAAUGUAUCAUGUGCU